CCCAUAUAAUACAUUACGAUAUAUUUUUGUGGGUGUUUCCAAUUCUAUAAUAUAACAAUAUUUAACUUUCAUGCACUCACAGUACAACGCAGAGAAGUGUCCCACACCACACAGACCUCUCGGUCUUCCGGUCUAUUACGGAUGUUGUGUUUGGAUAUACCACUACCAGGACCCCACAACAGACCACCACGAGGAGCAUAAGCAGAUGCAUUAAAUAGGAAAAAUAAUUACACGUCACGGAUAUUCAUACAGUUGCAACGCUCUGAGGCAAAUGGACAUACUCGUAACAACCAAUAAUAAAUGACUAUUCUAUAGCCGGGGACUAAGCGCCGACCACAUCGGCAUUUCAUGAGAGCAUUUCAUCUCCAAUAAACCAUUUGGCUACCAUGGAUGGCGAGUUACCACCAUGGAAUAAACAUGGAAGCCAUAACAGUAGGGUUCCCUAUGAUACAGCAGGGGGUCAGGAGGAGCAUGACGUGAUAGGAGACAGCUUUGCUGCUGGAGAACCAAUGACACCACUGUCAUCAUGUAUGAGUGGUGCAUUUAAGGCUUUGCUACCAGAUUACCAUGGAACUUCUUCAGCAAUGUUAACAAACUCUGAUAAAUAUUCCUAUUCUCCUGAUAAUCAUUGUCUCAUCAAACCUGACACUGCAGUGGAUGAAAAGAUAGCAGUGGAGAGAAGGGAAGAAAGUGAUUUUUUGAAAUACCCUUUGGGUGAAGCAUUAGCUAGUGCCACACAUAUGCUUCCUCUCAGGUGUGCCCAAUAUGUGACACAUGAAAAGAACCGAGAAGUGGACCAGGGAAAUGGUAAUUGGACAUCAGUGAUCAAAGAUGCUUUAGAGAUGAGUAAUGGAAUGGAAAUGGAACAGACUUUAUCCAUGGAUGAACGUGGCCCCCUAAUGGACUAUAAUCCUAUAUAUAAAGGACCUGAAACUGAGGCACAGUUUAGAUUGAAGGACCACUAUCAGAUUGCAGGAUCCAAACUAAAUGAGAAGAUGGAUGGGCAAGGAGUAAAAGAAGAAUCGGAUUCCUUUAUUUCAAUGUUGUCAGAUGACAUUAGUAAAAAUAAAGAUGUUCUGGAAAUGGGGAAACAUGAGGAGCCAAGCAUAUUAGAUGUUGGAUCAUCUCUAGGAAAAGAGGAACUUGGAAUUGCUGGAAUCGGAGAACAUGAGCCAGGGUUAUUACCAGGAUUUAACAGGAGUUCAUACACUCCUUUUUUUUCAUCAGAAAGUCUUUUGAAAAGCGAACAGUUUCCAGGUAAUCCUUUGGACAACCAGUCUGUUGAUCACACCCUCCAGGGAACAACACAACAAUGUGGGCUGUCGUGCAAAGGUGUCAGUCCUAGAAAAACUGCCAGCACAAAUACUGGCUUCAAACAUGCAGAAGUAAACAAUGAAACUGUUCUUCAAAGUUCUACUAUAUAUGGUCUUCAUCUUCUUGAUUUUCAAAAGGGCUGUCACCAAGCAGAGGUUACAGAUGGAAAAACUUCAGUUAAUUCUCAGGAUCACUCCUCACAGCACAAUGUGCAAGACGAGAGAGUAAAGGCAAGCAAUCCGCAUGUCUCUGAGACUACAGUAAUAAAACAAAAUGCUGCAUAUCUGCCCAAAAGUCAAUACUUUGGCAGUAAGCUAAAAAAGCAAGUUUAUGAUCUUGUAUCCACUCCAGCCUCAGUGGGCAGUCAAAACACAGCUGUGGUUGAAUGUCAAAACUUAAAACUGCGGAUCCCAACAGAAGAAAGGAUCUCUGAGAACAGUCUACCUGUGCCAGGAAAAAUUGAAACUAAUGAUUUUCAAGAGACAUCUAUUAACACAAAAACUGAACUCAGUCUAAAGGUAGAAACAAAAUUUUCCCCUGAAAUUCAGAACUCUUCUUCAUUAUCAGAGAGAGUUCCAGAUCUACCUGUUGUAUCCAACAGAAUUCACACUGAUUAUAAAUGCAAAGAUUCUCAGUUUGAACCAGCCGAAAGUGGCAAAUUAAAUGAGCUUUGUAUUCAAGAGAGCAAUUCAAAAAAUGUGACACUGACACUUACCUCAACUUCUGUUUUUACUCAAAGAACUGCAGAUGAAUGUGAUAUUCAUGUCCAAGAAAAACAAACCCCAAUAAGUCUAAGUACGGUUCUUCUGCCUUUUAACGAGAAUGUAAAAAACUCUGAAAGAAGUGAAAAGGUACUUCUCAACAUUACUUCAGAAAGCAGUAUUCCUCCAUCUACUGAGAAUGUUCAGGAAGCUCCACCUUCUCCCACAUCAAGGACGGACUGCUCCUCUCAACAUAACCUACAAAAAGCAUUGCAAAGGCAUAAGAAAGCAAGAAAAAGAAAACAAUCUGAGCUUGAGGCAUUAAAAGGACCAAUAUACAAAUCUAAUAAAAGAGAUGACUGUUCUAUGUAUGGAUCAGAAAUAUUAGACAGUGCUGUCAAACAAGACACAACAGGAUGUGAGAAAGCUAAUCAAAAUGUUUUAUUGGCUGAUCAUAACAGCACUGCACCAAAAGAGGACUUAAUUACAAAUGAUGUAAACCCACCUACACCUAGGAAAAAAUGUCGGAUGGCACAACUUGAGCUACUGGAAGAUACAGCAGAGACCUCACAGAAGCCAGAUCAUAGCUGCUCUGACGCUUCACAGGAAGAAGUACCGUCAAAUGCUAGGAUCAACAGGAAGGCUGUUUCUAGAAAGAAACUGAAGAAAAAAACAAGGUUACAUUUAAAGGCAAAAAACUCUGCUACUCUUGGCAAUCAGUGUUCGUCUCAAAGCACUGUCUUGUCCCCAGAAGAGGACUGUACAUCACAUUUUCAGGUCAGUGACACAACUCCAAUGAAAGGAGUCAGUAAUCCAGCAGUAAUGGAACAUGCCAUCUCUAGUCUAGAGUCCAUUCCAGAAAAAUUACAAAAGUCCAGAAAAAGGGCUACAAAGCAAACACUACAAAGCAAAGAUGAUCCACAUAAAGAUGUUCCCAUAACAUUUCCAGAAGUUGAGGCAGACUUGGAUGUCAAAGGGCAUCAGGAGGUGAGAAGAUUUCCUUUAAAGGCUUCUAAAGGAAAAAAUAGGAAUGCAACUAGUCUGCUGAAUAGACAGUCUUCACAAGACUCUGAGGGUCAAACAGAUUCUGUUUCAAGCUCAGUGACUGAAUCUUUAAAGAUUCUAAGCCCUCAGAAUAACCCAAAGAAAUCAAAGCAGAAGAAAAGAGCACAUAUCAACAAAUCAGCAAAAACACCCAACGUGUGCCCACAAGAGGAUAUGAAAAACACGAUGACUCACAAAACAAAAACUGUGAAAGCAAAAAGUCCUCUAAAAAAGGCACUUAGAACAGAUGACAAUGAAACUACUCUUUUGGACACACAGCCUUCUGCAGCCACUGCUACGCAACCAGAUUCUGUUUCAAAUGUAGGAAAUGAAGUUGAGUCUCCUGUUAUUUUCGGCACACCAAGAAAGUCACCGAAAAAGAAACUGUCAAAGAUUAAAUGUGAAGCAAUACAUGUACCUGCUGUUGACCAAACAACAGCUCAACAAAGUGUUUUGAAUGCACUCUCAGAAUCUGAUGUCAGCAUUGUGCAACCAACUACAAAAAGAUUCAGAACAAGAAAAAAACUUGACAAAAAAGUUUCUCAUAACACAGUCGGUGAAAACUGUGAACCUGCUCAUAUGACUCUUUCUUCAGUUGAUUCUGUGUAUGCUACAGAAACGGACUAUUCAGGUGUCAGCCAACAGAACACAGAAAAGACAUCAAGUAAGAGGAGAAAGACAGACAUCAAGUUUAUAGAAGCACAAUCAUCCACUACUAGCCAAAAGGAUGACGUCACUUUACUGCCCUCAGAAGAUUUUUCAUCUAUUGUGGUUUCAAAUCCAGAAGAGACUGUGAAAGCCAAAGGAUUUUCUAGAAACAAAACAAAUGACAACCACUUAAAUGGUAAUUUGGUUGAAGAAACAUCUUUAUUAGCAACUGUGACACAAGAAAGUUCUAUUUUACCUACAAAGAUUGGCUCUUCAAGCAGUUUUAGACUAAGCAGCACACUGAAAAAGCCAAGAAAAAAGACGGUAACCAAAAUCAAAAAUGAGGCAGCAGAAAUACUCAUUGUAAACCAGCAAGAAGAUCUGGCUGCAGUACCCUCAAAAUCUGGUGCAAACAUAGCAGCCUCCAGUUCACAAAUGACUUUAAAAGAAAAAAGAAAUGUGAAAAAGGCAGUUAGGCAGGAAAUUAAGGAUGACCAUUCAGUUGCUCUUUUCAAAAUGCAGGCUUCUACACUUACUCUGAAGCAAACAGAAUGUUUUUCAACUUCAGUUCACAGCACAGCAAAAAGAUCUAGGAAAAUGUCUGACAUUAAACAUGAAGCAGUACAUACACCCGCAGCUGACCAAACAAUGCAACAAGAAAUCCAUCCAUUUGAUUCUACAUCAGCCACAGAAAUGGAUAAUUCAGAUGUUCUCAAACAAAAGAAGACAAAAGUGAUGAUGAAAAAACAGCCUAAAAAGGCCACUAAAUGCAAAACAGACAUUAAACAAGCAAUCAGCGAUAUUAGAGAACAGUCUACUGUGCAGCAAGAAAAUUCAGUUUCAAACAGAAAGACAAAGGUCAGGUCAGAAGACCUGACAAAGAAAUGUAAGAAAAAGAGAACAUCGGAAAUGAAAGUCACAAAUGAUCAACCAAAGGACGUGGUUCUGCCUCCACCAGCAUCUCAGAGUAAGGAUGCAACACAAGACCCUUGCAUAAAGACAGACAAUGUGAAUGAAACAGCUGAAAGUCAUGUUGAAAACCAGGUUUCCAUCACUACUAAAGAUGUUGCCAGCCCUCAGAGCUCACUGAAGAAGGCAAAGAAAACACGAAAGAAACAAUUGCUUUUGCUUGAUGAGGCAGGUGUCAUGGUCACUGGUACACAGGUUGCAGAUUUAUGUAAACUGUCUGAUAGUCAGACCGUAGGAUCACAGCAGCCUGAAAAAGAUGAUGCUGUGGUUGAUCAAAAAGACCUCAAAGCCACAAAAACCCCUAAGAAAAGGGGUAGAAAACCUGGACGAAAGAAGAGGAAGAUGGCUUGCCUGUUAACUCAAACCAUUAAAGAAGAGGAACAUAAAGAUAUAUGUUAUGACAACAGAAUUGUCUGUGAUUUUCAAAACAGCACACAAAUUCAAACUUCUGAAAUUUCACAGAGGAUAACAGAUAUUAUAGAAGAACCAGUACUGAAAUCAAGAAAAUCAACCCGGACACAAAAAAUAAACUCAGGUCCAGUUGUUGAGAAUUUGUUAACCCAGGGCAAGAGCACAGUCUCUUUAGACAUCACUGGGUGUCACACAACACUUGGAGAGACUCUUUCAAGUUCCAUGCAAACUGCUGAUUAUGAAGACCAAUGCACUGUUGAGAAAAAGCCACCAAGACGAGGAAGACCCCCUUCAAAGAAAAGCAAGAAACAGAAAUUAUUUGUAGCAUUAGCAACUGUGACACAAGAAAGUUCUAUUUUACCUACAAAGAUUGGCUCUUCAAGCAGUUUUAGACUAAGCAGCACACUGAAAAAGCCAAGAAAAAAGACGGUAACCAAAAUCAAAAAUGAGGCAGCAGAAAUACUCAUUGUAAACCAGCAAGAAGAUCUGGCUGCAGUACCCUCAAAAUCUGGUGCAAACAUAGCAGCCUCCAGUUCACAAAUGACUUUAAAAGAAAAAAGAAAUGUGGAAAAGGCAGUUAGGCAGGAAAUUAAGGAUGACCAUUCAGUUGCUCUUUUCAAAAUGCAGGCUUCUACACUUACUCUGAAGCAAACAGAAUGUUUUUCAACUUCAGUUCACAGCACAGCAAAAAGAUCUAGGAAAAUGUCUGACAUUAAACAUGAAGCAGUACAUACACCCGCAGCUGACCAAACAAUGCAACAAGAAAUCCAUCCAUUUGAUUCUACAUCAGCCACAGAAAUGGAUAAUUCAGAUGUUCUCAAACAAAAGAAGACAAAAGUGAUGAUGAAAAAACAGCCUAAAAAGGCCACUAAAUGCAAAACAGACAUUAAACAAGCAAUCAGCGAUAUUAGAGAACAGUCUACUGUGCAGCAAGAAAAUUCAGUUUCAAACAGAAAGACAAAGGUCAGGUCAGAAGACCUGACAAAGAAAUGUAAGAAAAAGAGAACAUCGGAAAUGAAAGUCACAAAUGAUCAACCAAAGGACGUGGUUCUGCCUCCACCAGCAUCUCAGAGUAAGGAUGCAACACAAGACCCUUGCAUAAAGACAGACAAUGUGAAUGAAACAGCUGAAAGUCAUGUUGAAAACCAGGUUUCCAUCACUACUAAAGAUGUUGCCAGCCCUCAGAGCUCACUGAAGAAGGCAAAGAAAACACGAAAGAAACAAUUGCUUUUGCUUGAUGAGGCAGGUGUCAUGGUCACUGGUACACAGGUUGCAGAUUUAUGUAAACUGUCUGAUAGUCAGACCGUAGGAUCACAGCAGCCUGAAAAAGAUGAUGCUGUGGUUGAUCAAAAAGACCUCAAAGCCACAAAAACCCCUAAGAAAAGGGGUAGAAAACCUGGACGAAAGAAGAGGAAGAUGGCUUGCCUGUUAACUCAAACCAUUAAAGAAGAGGAACAUAAAGAUAUAUGUUAUGACAACAGAAUUGUCUGUGAUUUUCAAAACAGCACACAAAUUCAAACUUCUGAAAUUUCACAGAGGAUAACAGAUAUUAUAGAAGAACCAGUACUGAAAUCAAGAAAAUCAACCCGGACACAAAAAAUAAACUCAGGUCCAGUUGUUGAGAAUUUGUUAACCCAGGGCAAGAGCACAGUCUCUUUAGACAUCACUGGGUGUCACACAACACUUGGAGAGACUCUUUCAAGUUCCAUGCAAACUGCUGAUUAUGAAGACCAAUGCACUGUUGAGAAAAAGCCACCAAGACGAGGAAGACCCCCUUCAAAGAAAAGCAAGAAACAGAAAUUAUUUGUAGCACAUUUAGAAGAUAACACCUCUCCAUCUGUCCAGAUCUCAGAUCUCUCUCCAUGUCAAGACAGCACAGAAAGUACUGUCAAAGCAGCUGCAAGUCCAAUAAAGCAAAAAGAUAUGGAUAAAAAUGUAAUUGUUACCAAACAAUUGGGGACCGAUCCCUCGGAAUCCCUUCAGAGUGCUAAUGAUCUCUUGUCACACAGCAUCCCUACAUCUGGGCGUAAAAAAGGGAAGAACCUUAAAAGACCAAUAAGAGACCCAAAGUUAACGAGCUUGAGAGUAUCCAGCAGAACAUCUGUAACAUCAGUCAAAGGUUUUCAAAAAGCAGACAUAACUUCCCUCCCACAAAACUCCACAAAUGUGUUUAAUGAGGAAGGGAAAACAUCGUUGCCUAUGUCUGGGACAGUGAAGAAACAGAAACUCUGUGAAAAAAAUGCUAUACAAGAUGGCAAUGUGUUGGCAGAUAAAAAGAUAGAGAAUAAGGCAACAAUUAAAGUACUGAGAGGAAGAAAACGUGGUCGGAAGAAACGAAAAAUUAAAGAUGGACAGCUUCAAAGAUUAAAAACACAAGAUUGUUGUGAACCAGCCAAGGAUUUACUGGCAAAGUUCAGUAUGACCAGUAAAUGUCCCACUGAGGACCAAAAUAAUAUAGUUACACCAGAGAAAAAUUAUAUUGAGAAAACCAAGUCAGACGAUGUUGAAAUGAUCCUACCAAUAACUGCAGGGACCUUCAAGUUAACACCAAAAAGAGACAUCCUAUGCAGUUCUCCCAGUGACCUGUCCUCCAAUUUAAUGAAAGAAGUCAAGAAGUGCAAAGUGGAAGAUUCAUUUGAGGUUUCUGUGCAAUCCUAUACUGAUAAUACAGGAGGAGUCUCAAGAGGAAUUUGUAAUUUAAUUUCUAGUAAUGUGGUCAAGGAGGAGUCAGAACAAAUUUCUCUGGAUACAAAAUUGAAACCCAACAUUGAGCUGAAAUGUACUCGGGAAGCAGAUGGACUAAGUGUGGAAACGUCAGGGGAAAAAGUACUUGAUAACCCACCAGAGCCAGAAAAUGCAUUCCAGCCUUCUACAGAUUGGAAGGAGGAUAGUUUCACACAGGAUAGUGAAGACUGUGUUGUAAUGCCAAACAAAGUGACUAAUAACAGGACAAUAAGAUCCAAGCCUAAAGAAAUAAAGAAGAAACCUCUCACCUGCAAAUACUGUGGAGUUUCCUUUCGGCACAUUACAGCAUAUACCAUUCAUCAACGUGUUCAUACAGGGAACAAGCCCUACAAAUGCAAGAUCUGUGGAAAAACCUUUUCUCAACUGUCUAAACUAAAGUCCCACCAUAACGUACAUAAACAGGAUACCUCUUUUCCUUGUCCUUGCUGUAGCCAAAGGUUUUUGCAGAAAGAUGAUUUGCUAUGUCAUUUUAAAGUUCACCUGCAGGAAUCAAAAGCAAACAGUGAACCACAGAAGCACAUAAAGAGCAAGAGAAAUACUUCAUCAAAUGUGUCUUCGGAGACCCCAAACAAUUGUGGGUGCCUUGUUCGCAAGAAAAACUUUGUAAAACGCGUCAAAUUGCAGGAUCACAUGCAAGUGCAUGAAGUGGAGAAGCCCUUGACUUGUAAAGACUGUGGGAAGACAUUUUGGAAACAGUCAAGCCUCAUAGCUCAUGAAAAAACCCACUGGCCUGUUAAACCAUAUGCUUGCUCGAUUUGUGGAAAAGGCUUUAACCAACUAAAAGCCCUAAAAAAGCAUUCUCAAGACCAUGCUGGUGAGACACCGUUCUCCUGCUUUCACUGCGGUCAUGGAUUCAGUGCCCUGUCUGCACUUAGGAUGCACCAAGCAUCCAAAACAUGCAUUGCAAGGAGAAAUGAUGAGGCGAGCAGUAACAUUGAGGGCUUCAUUGUAAGUCAAGGAGUUGAUGGUCAAGUGAACACACCAGUAUUCUUCAAGUGUCAAAUAUGCAAACAGCUUUUCAGGAAAUGGUGCCAAUACACUCUUCACCUUCAAACACACACCAGCUCUCCCCCAUAUAUUUGUUUUUCUUGUGGACAGUGUUAUGAGAAGGAUUCAGAGAUGAAUGUGCACUGUGAGGUUUGUUGCCAGUCAAGUGGGGAGGAGAAGAUUUGUUGUGCAUCACUCGCCGAAAUCCUGCAAAGUGUUACCCAAAUCUACCCUCUAAAGUGUACCUCAUCUCAGAGUGUACCAAGUACAGGAUUUCAGCUGAAUUCCCAAACACCAACCAGAUCAGAACAGCUCCCGCAGCUGCCUCGAUCGAUGGAUGUGGAACCUACACAAACAAGAGAUACAGAUCUUUCAAAACUUCCUAAAACAUACUCUGCUCAUUCACCCAUCAAGCUCCCAAAUGCCCAAUCACCCGCUCGUUCUGAUGUUAACUGUACUUCCCCAAGUAGCUCUAUAGAAUGGAUUGAAAUCACUCAGAGUAUUUGGAAGUUUAAGUGUUCACGUUGUGGUCAGCGAUUCGAGAGGUACAGGGAUUUGAGUGCUCAUCUGCAAACGCAUGCUCCUGGUUUCAGAUAUACUUGUGCACAUUGUGGACAGUUCUUUGAAAGGUGGAGUAAACUAUGGCUACAUCAGCAGCGUCAUCGCCUAAAAAGCCGUUGUUACUCCUGUACGCAGUGCAAUCUGCAGUUUCGUUUCUUUAGCUCUUUUAGAGAGCAUAUGAUUGACCAUGCCGGGCAGAGACCAUAUGCUUGUCCGCUCUGUCCCAAAACCUUCAUUCAUGAGGCAAGCUUACAUGCUCACCAAUGUGAGUCUCAUAAACUUUGUAAAAGUCUGAAAUGUGAUGUCUGUUCUAAGACUUUCAGUAGUUUAACAAACCUAAUCAAACACAGUCUUCUGCACAAUGGUUCUACCUCUCACAUUUGUCUCCUUUGUAAUCUAUCAUUCACAAAUACAAGAGUCUUAAAGAAACACUUGAAAACGCACACCACACACCAUGGACCGGCCCUCCCUGAUAUUCCAUCAAAGCCACUUGAUUUUCCUCACAAAUGCAAAAGGUGUAAAGCUAGCUUUUCAACUGGAGAUUUGCUCUACGCUCAUCAGAUACGCCAUUCUCGAGAUGCAAAGACUCGCAUCCGUCCAGCAGUAUUACCUACCUCAAAAUUGUCCGAUUCUUGUUGUAAUGACACACCAUCUUCCCCACCUUCCACUCACAGGAAUCAUAUAUCAAACCUCAAACUUGAUGGCAUACCCAAUGAUGACAGCCUGUAUGUUUAUUCCCACCCUGACAAGCUCUAUGUGUCCCCCAGUCACAGAGUGCAGCUUCCGGUCAUUAAUUUGGACCCUGAUGAACCAGAGGUCUCAGACUCUCAGAAUCCUGGUCCUGAACUUCCAAAUAGUGAAAUCACUUCUCAAUCUGACAGCACACACCUACCUCAGGCCACUUCAGAUCAGGAAACCACCAACCUAAAUUCAAGUGAAAGCAUAAAGAUGAUGGCAAAUGGUCAACAAAAUUACAGCCUCAACUGUCAGAGAAGCCCUACAUUUGUGGAGACAAGUGUUGACAUGGAAGUAGAACAACCUACUCAAGAAGAAGAGUCAGAGGAGAGUUUUGAAUGUGCCGACUGUACUGAAAAACUAACCAGCGUGUUGGGCCUUUAUGAACAUUACAUACUUCAUGCAAUGGGAGAUGCAUAUGUACAAGUACACUGAUCAUUGAUAAUGUUAGAAGGUAGACAUUUUCCCACAGAUAUUAUGCUUUAAAAUGAACGUUUUGACACAAAUAUGUGUCGACGCUGUUAUCUGUUUUACAGUUCCAAUGUGUAAAGCAAAUAUUGGCAGAAUGCUUAACUUGUAUUUUUUACAUCUUGAACAGUGAAAAAUUUGCAUUACGACUCUUCAUUCUAACAUGCUUUUUCAACCCUCAGGUUCAUUCAGUUUAAAAGUUGUUGCCCACUAGCCACUCUUACAUACUAUUACUGGGGUCAUGUCACUAUGCCUUAUCUCAGUUAUCUCUGUACUGCCAUUUAUCAUCUCCCUUUGUGCCUUCAGUGACAGUUUUGGUUUUGUAAAAGAUCUGUAAAUAGAUAUACAUAAUCCUGUAUAACUCCAAAACCUCCUAGUCCUUCCUCUGUAAAAAAAACUUUUAAAAUUCAAUUUUGUAAUAUUGAGAGGUGGUUAGAUGUAAAUUAACCUUGAGCGUUCUAUAUCUCAUAUAUGAAUGUCUGGCUGGGACAAAAAUAUACUGUUUAUUGUAAAAAUGUGUAGAUCUUGAGAACAUUA